AUGUUCGAUCCUCGUCCGUGGCUGCUUUCCUGCCUAUACACCGCUGCGCUCUUUUUCUCCGUACCUCUGUCACUAGCCGUUUGGUACAUCAGAAGGGAACUUAUCCAGGAGACAACAGUUGCCGGAGAUACUCAGGUAGCGCGCUGGAGCAGCACAUCUCUUAGAUUCGCUCACCUUUCACCUAACACUACAGCUAACCUCAGAGCUAUGCACGUGGUCAUUAUCCAUCCAGAACAGUGGAACGGGGGAUCGGAUCGUUGUACAGUAGCGUUAAUACGACAUUUUGUUUCUAAAGGUUAUAAGGUUACUUGGUUAACCACUAUGAUAGAUGAGUACUGGAAAGAUCACAAGUUUGACGGCGUAGAUAUUCGAGAAGUGGGGCUUAAAUUGCAUCCAGGCGACUGGUGGAGCCAGAACGUUGCUUUAGGCUGGUAUCUCGUCUUAAACAAUAUUGCACCUGACUUAGUCGUUGUGGACCACUCAGCAAGCUGUGUGCCUCUUAUUAAAUGGCGCUAUCCAAACUGCAAGGUUCUAUUCUAUUGUCAUUUCCCUCAACAACUCGUUACGCCAUCUAGAUUCUUUUUAUAUAGAUGGUACUCGAACUUGAUCGGUCUCAUAGAAGAGCAUCUCUUCGAACAAACCGAUGUUAUCAUGGUUAAUAGCCACUUCACAGCCUCUCAGUUCAGCCGUGUCAUGCCACGUAUUGAAAAAAGUAAAAUUCGAGUCGUUUAUCCCCCAUGUGACGUCGACUCCAUUGUCAUUUCGGCCGAAAAACCGAUGAGUCGUCGGGAUCGUCCUCAAAACGACGUUUACGUUUUUAUGUCGAUGAAUAGAUUUUGGCCGGAGAAAAGACUCGAUAUUAUCGUUGAAGCUGCCUCAUUACUGAAAAAACGCGGGUAUAAAUUUCUGGUGCAGUUAGCUGGCUCCGUGAUGCCACAUAUUCCGGAAAGUAGAAUAUACUACGAACUGCUGCAGAAAAUGACAAGGGAUCUCGAUGUGACAGACGUGGUCCACUUCAUCCCCUCACCUUCCGAAUGUCAAAAAUUCGAGCUAUAUCGUCAGUGCGAUUCAGCGCUGUACACGCCGCCCAACGAACAUUUCGGCAUUGUACCUAUAGAGGCACUGGACCAACGUCGGCCUCGAGCUCGUUUCGACCGAGAUUUUUCACUGAGAGGUUUCUGUGCGCACAUCGACGAAGCAGUCGCGCAGCUGUUUCCCGAUUUGGCAGCGAUAUCAUCUCGGAAUCGUCGUGCACUGGCUUAG